AUGCAACACGAUGAAGUAAUAUGGAGCGUUAUCUCUAAGCAGUUUUGCUCCUUUAAAAGCAAAUUGCCAGACACGAAAAGUAUGUUUUGUAGCAAUCUGUACAAUGUAACAGGACUCUGCAAUCGAUCAGCAUGUCCGCUAGCAAACAGCCGCUAUGCCACCGUUCGUGAGGAGAAUGGCGUGUGCUAUCUGUACAUGAAAACCAUCGAGCGUGCACAUACACCCAAUCGGUUGUGGGAGCGCGUAAAGUUAAGCAAAAAUUACACGAAGAGUCUUGCACAGAUCGAUGAACAGUUGCAGUUUUGGCCUAAAAAGCUUAUUCACAAAUGCAAGCAGAGACUGACAAAAAUUCACCAGUAUCUCAUGCGUAUGCGAAAACUCACACUUCAAACGAAGCCCAAACUUGUGGUGAUUAACAAAAAAAUUGACCGUCGUGAGAAACGUCGUGAGAAAAAGGCAAUGGUUGCCGCUAAAUUGGACAAUUCAAUUGAGAAGGAACUACUUGAACGUCUUCAAAAGGGAACAUACGGCGAUAUUUAUAACUUUCCUGAGCGCGAAUUUUCGAAGGUGUUGGCGGACAAGGGCAAGCGCCAGACUAUGGAGGAGGAGAGUGAGGAUGAAGCAGAAAUAGAAUACGAAGUUGAUGAAGAUGAGGAAGAGGACGUCGGGCAGGUCGAGUACGUUGAGGAUUUUGAUGAGGACGAAAGCGACCUUGAGGAUCUCGCGAAUGAGUUUAAGGUCGAUGACGAAGGAGACAGUGAUCUGUCCGACUUGGACGACGCCAAUACUUCCCAGUCUAAAAAGCGUAAGGGCCAUGCGCUUUCACAGAAGACGAACAAAAAUCAGAAGAAACCCAAGGGACCCUACGUUGAAAUUGAGUUUGAACAGGAGCGUGAGACGGCCGAAGGCGAAAUCUCCUGGUAG